CUCCAUUGUUCAUAACGUGGUUUCUUUUCAUUCCAAGUGGUCCUAUCCACAAACGAGAGGCUUGGACGACCUAUAAAAGCCAACGUCUCAGGGUGACCGCACUCACUGUAUUACCAACCACUUGGCGGUGAAUUCGCAUCGACGUUUUGGAAACUGUACCACUUGAAAAUAGAUCAACAAAACAUGACAAAACCCAGUGAGCACAUAAAACGGCCCAUGAAUGCAUACAUGGUUUGGUCGCGCAAAGAGAGAAGGCGCAUCGCAGAGGAAUGCCCUCGAAUGUUGAAUUCUGAAAUCAGUAAGCGGCUUGGACUUGAAUGGAACGCACUCUCGCCCGAAGCAAAAGAUCCGUACGUGAUCGAGGCGAAACGACUCAGGGAACAACACAAGAAAGACCAUCCGGAGUAUAAAUAUCAACCUAAAAGGAAACCCAAGGCAACAACCAAGUUGAAAACGCAAAGCAUGAAUCCUUAUGGCUAUCACGACAUGAGUGGGAUGGGAUAUCCGCCUCCUUCGUCGCUUUGUAGCCCAUUACCGCCGGGCCAUUUGGUGCCUUCAGGUCCUAUUUUUAGCAAUUGCUCAGGAAACUGUACAUUAGCGGAGCCUCCUCCGCCGUACCAUUUCGCUCCUCAUUACCCGGUUGUGCAGCCUAUGACCGAAAUAAAAGGAGCUUGCUCGACCCAUCUACCGCUCGUCGGCAGAGAAAUCUCUUGCGGACCUCCCAUAGCUUACUCAAGCCAUCACCCCUCCAUGUCACAUUCUAUGCAAGUUGGACAUGUGGUUCACCAUCGAAGCGUUUUGCCGGAAUCGUCAUCCUUAGUUCACGCCCCUACUGCCAUUGACAGCAGAACGGGCAUCCCCAGAUCGUCAAUGGAUUUUGUUAUGAUGAGGCCAGAUGUUGGUUAUUAGUAAGAAUUGCUCUGUUUUUGUUCUUUAGAUAUAUCGACAUCGUUUCGUAAUCACAGAAUUUCACCGUGCCGAGAUGGUCACUUCUAUACAUUAGUGUUGAUAAAAUAGGAAUCACUUAAAGUACUUUAAUAUUCGUUAAAAAAGAGACUUAGCCCUUUGUAACUUUUUUUACUUUUCAUUUAUUGGGACAAAUUAAGUUUAUGAAGCAGAGGUGAGUCUGUGUAGUAAGUUGUAUUUAUAUACCGGGUCUAAAGGAAUUAUCAUCGCUUUAAUGGACAUAUUGAAAGAUGAAUUUAACAAAGAUUAACCAAGUUGUAUAGUUUAGUAGCUUAUUCA